GUUCGUUGCCAUCUUAAAAAAUAUCAUCAUUAACUGCCGGGAUUCUCAUAUCAUGAAAGGCUUUUCUAAGGAGAAUCGUGACUAGUUCUCAGGGAGCAUUCAGUUUCGGGCUUACCUUACUAAUAAAUCAGGUGACACAGCGCUUUUAGGUGUGAUUUUAUUUCCUAAUAUAACAAAGAAGCUAAUGUCUUCCGCCAUUCUUCUUGUUCAUAUCUGACUUACCCAUCAACAAUUUACUAUACCCAGAGGGUACUUUGAGAGAUUUCAGUUCGGUACCCUAGUCUUUUUAGAUCUUGUAAUUAAUAGAUGUUACGGAAGUAUUCAUUUGAGCCGUCUUACGAAAAGUAACCCUCGUAGAUCUAACAAAAUAAAAGGUUUGCUAUCUUGUCUAACUAAAGCUGAACAUUCUUGACAGAGUACGCUGAUGGAAGCUCACCUGCUAGUAUUAUUUACAGUUGCCUAUUUGCAAGCUGUCGAACCCUCUCAAAAGGUACGUAACAACAACGAAUAUUCGAGCUACAUAUCUCAAUCUGCACUUUGGAAAGAUCUUUCUAAUACGCCUGAAUUUGUUUGACUUCUUUGCGUCUUUCAUAGACUUGCCUAUCAGACGGCAUACCUGGUAUUCCAGGAACUCCAGGCAUACCAGGCCCUCACGGUCGUGACGGGGUAAAGGGAGAACGAGGAGAACAGGGCCCUAAAGGGGAAGCUGGUAUCGCCGCAACUUGGAAACAGUGCGUCUGGAGCAAAAGCGAUGAUCGGGAUUAUGGAUUAAUCAAAGUAAGCUAAAAGGCACAUUUUGAUUCUAAACUUGGAUUGCUUGUUUCUCUGCGCGACGGUACAAAAUAAGUAAGGAAGCCCGCGAGUUUAGAAGAGAGUAAAUACACCGCCAUUUGGUUCGUUUAUAUUCCUAUGCGAUCAUGCAAUAAUCUCUGGAAAGUUAAUUGCGGUUGAAAGAGAGUAAAUGUGGGCUUCCCCACCUCACGUUAGACUCUGAAUGGGUGUCAGCCGGCUAGCAACUGUAGCCAGCUCGUAGCAAUUCAGUCUAGCACAGUCAUAGAGGUAUUGACGAACCGUUCUUAUCGUAAUGUACCUUUUCUCCUAAAAUAAGUUUUCUUAAUCUAUCCUAUCCAAAUUUUACAGGACUGCAUUUUUCAAAAGACAAAGAAAGACAGUUCUUUACGCGUUUUCUAUAGCGGUGCUCUCCGAAUCUUUCAAUGCACAACUUGCUGCAAACGUUGGUACUUCACCUUUAACGGGGCUGAAUGCAGUGGCCCUAUGCCAAUUGAUGGUCUCAUUUAUAUGCAUCGAGCAAGCAAUUUAGAGCCACUUCGUGUGCGUCAUAUUGAAGGCUACUGUGAGAACAUCCCACAAGGAACUGUGCGCGUGGGGAUCAACGUGGGAGACUGUAGCGGUUAUGGGAAUGCAGAUGCUCAUUCUGGCUGGAACUCAGUGUCCAGGAUCGUGAUAGAAGAAGUUUCGGCACCUCAGAAAUAAAUACAAUUUAAUGUGGCUGGAUGUGGCCCACGUUUAUAACAAGCCAAAAAGCUUUGUGGUAAUGCACCAGUAGGCUACUUGAAUGUCGUAGUUUAAUGCUGUCAACUAAUUGAUAAAGUUUUCAACAAAUAAAUCAUGAAA